UUCAGAGCCUGGCUGCCCGGGCUCCAGCGGCCCGGGAACAGGGAUAAGUAGGACGGCGGCCGCGGCGACUGGGGGUGCGGGGUGGAGCGUGCCCUGUAUUUUCUGUACGGGUUCCGGGGCUCGGUAGAGGCGCGCCGAGAAGACAGGAAAGUGCGGCGGCCCUGGAACCUGGAUAUGGCGCGAGGCAAGCUGCGCGCGGGCGGGCGGGCUAUGGCGCAGGCGGGUUGCGGGGCCGGCGCUGGUGGCGGGGCCCGUUGCAUGGCGGUCUGUCGGCGGAGUCGCCCUCGGGGGCUGUCAGAUUUGUGACGCCAAAGGAAAUCUCUGACCUCAGCUGUGGCUCUCAGUGCUGGGAAGAAGACAACUUCAUGUCUGAGUGUACGAGCAGGAGUUUGCCAUGGAGAGCUUGGGGCUGCAGACGGUGACCCUCAGUGACGGGACGACGGCCUACGUACAGCAAGCUAUCAAAGGAGAGAAGCUUCUUGAAGGGCAAGUGAUCCAGCUCGAGGACGGGACCACUGCAUACAUUCACCAAGUGACAGUGCAGAAAGAACCUCUUUCCUUUGAGGAUGGACAGCCCGUGCAGCUGGAAGAUGGCAGCAUGGCCUACAUACACCGCACACCCAAAGAGGGCUAUGACCCCAGUGCCCUGGAAGCCGUCCAGCUGGAAGAUGGCUCCACUGCUUACAUUCACCACCCCGUGGCUGUGCCAUCCGACAGCACCAUCCUGGCCGUGCAGACAGAGGUGGGCUUGGAGGACCUGGCCACAGAGGAUGAUGAGGGCUUCAGCACGGACACAGUGGUGGCCCUGGAGCAGUACGCCAGCAAGGUUCUGCAUGACAGCCAGGCUCCCCAUAAUGGCAAAGGACAGCAGGUUGGGGACAGAGCAUUCCGCUGCGGCUACAAGGGCUGUGGGCGUCUCUAUACCACCGCUCAUCACUUAAAGGUGCAUGAGAGAGCUCAUACAGGUGACCGUCCGUACAGGUGUGAUUUCCCCAGCUGUGGAAAGGCCUUUGCCACAGGAUAUGGGCUGAAGAGCCACGUGCGCACCCACACUGGUGAGAAGCCAUACAAGUGCCCAGAGGAGCUGUGCAGCAAGGCCUUCAAGACCUCCGGAGACCUGCAGAAGCACGUCCGGACCCACACCGGUGAACGCCCCUUCCGGUGUCCCUUUGAGGGCUGUGGCCGCUCCUUCACCACGUCUAACAUCCGCAAGGUACAUGUGCGCACCCACACGGGCGAGCGGCCCUACACCUGCCCCGAGCCCCACUGUGGCCGUGGCUUCACCAGUGCCACCAACUACAAGAAUCACGUGCGCAUCCACACAGGGGAGAAGCCAUACGUUUGCACGGUGCCAGGCUGCGGGAAGCGCUUCACCGAGUACUCAAGCCUGUAUAAGCACCAUGUGGUGCACACACACUGCAAGCCCUACACCUGCAGCACCUGCGGCAAGACCUACCGGCAGACCUCUACCCUGGCCAUGCACAAGCGCAGUGCCCACGGCGAGCUGGAGGCCACGGAGGAGAGCGAGCAGGCCCUUUAUGAGCAACAGCAGCUCGAGGCCGCCUCUGCAGCCGAGGAGAACCCGCUACCCAAACGACCCCGCAUUGCUUACCUGUCGGAGGUGAAAGAAGAGGGUGAUGACAUCCCUGCCCAAGUGGCUAUGGUGACCGAGGAAGAUGGGGCCCCCCAGGUGGCUCUGAUCACUCAGGAUGGUGCCCAGCAGGUCAGCCUGUCACCAGAAGACCUGCAGGCACUGGGGAGUGCCAUCAGUAUGGUGACCCAGCACGGCAGUACCACCCUCACCAUCCCUAGUCAUGAUGAUGACCUUGCCACAUCUGGCACACACACAGUCACCAUGGUCAGCGCCGAUGGCACCCAGACGCAGCCCGUCACAAUCAUUACCUCUGGGACUGUGGUGGCUGAGGACUCAAGUGUAGCAUCCCUUCAUCAUCAACAGGUGGCGCUGUUAGCCACAGCCAAUGGAACUCAUAUUGCAGUGCAGCUGGAGGAGCAGCAGACCUUAGAGGAGGCCAUCAGCGUAGCCACUGCUGCCAUGCAGCAAGGGACUGUGACCCUGGAGACCACAGAUUCGGAGAGCGGCUGCUGAGCCCGAGAGGGCUGGGUCCCACACCACGCUGGAAGAGGUGCCAUGCCGUACAGGCAUCCUUGCCUCCAAGGGCCCAGGCUGUGGCUGACACGUGGACGGUGGCCACACAGGUCUCUAGGGCAAGAAGGCAGCAGGAAAAUGGCCUGAAGGGCACAGGGGUCCUGCCCAAGAGAAGGGCCAAGCAGCUGGAAUCGGGGGAGUGUGUCAUCCUCAGGAGCUAAGGAGGACAAGCUUGAUCAGGCUGCACUGGGGUGUCCUCCCCCCAAAAUCAGCUGAGCACCCUCUCCUCUCUCUAGAAAACACCCUUCCCGCCCUUGGUCCACUCCCCUUCUCAGGUGGCAACUGGGGCUGCUCUUGGGACUGGUCCUCUGCUCCAACUGGUCACUGCCCACUAGGGGAGAAGGCAGACAGCCCUUCAGCCCAGUAGGGGCAGCUUGGGCCCAGCACUGCCCCUCUCAGCAAUAACCACCUCCCCGGAGGCCAGCCGAGAUGUCUGGCCACUUGGCAGCAGGGACUUUCUGCCACUGUAGUCAGAAUUGCUCAGGGGCCUGUGGCUGGAGUAAAGGUGCCCCGCCCCACCCCUACCCCCAGCUGCUCCCCAGCCUCUCUGUGGCAGAGAGGCAGGGAGCAACCUUGUACAUACUGGGGAUUGGGUGUAAUUUGUUUUAUUUUUUUUAAUUCCAUUUUGAUAAUUUUUUUUCCUGCUCUGGAUGGUGGUGGCAAACGGGUGAAUGAGUAUUUAAUAAAAGUUCCAAGUUUCCACCUGGGCCCCUCCCUCCUCCUCCCUCCUUUCAGCUUCGGGCCCUGGUGGCAGGGCUGGUCAAAUCAGGCUCUUGGCCCUGUAUCCCGGGCACAGACCUCACUCAGCCUCUGUGCCCGACUGGUGGGCCUGCCCUCCCAGAGGCACAGGGGGAAGGAAGCCCUGGUAUGAGAGAAGCCCUGAGGAGCUGCCGGUGGUUUCCUGCCCACAGCUGAGCAAGUAGGCUCCCGGUAGCCAAGCAAGACCAGUGUGAGCACUGCUCCCAGGCUCCGGUUGGGUCUCAGGCCUCAAGAUGGGUGGGCUGGAGGAACUCUGUUUUCUCUACCUUACCUUGUGUUAUGUCAUCAGAGCCCCUCCACACACAGCACACAAUCCACUGCUCCAAGUGGGCAAAGCCCCAUGG